AUGUCGUCCGCAGCAGAAGCAUCGACACCCCCAGAUCGGGAUUUGAUCGAAGAGAAGCCGGGUCUGGCACAUACUGUCUCGACUGGAGCUAUCUCCAUCAGUCCCGAACUGUUUGAGAAACUUUAUCUUACUCCCAAAGUUCCUCAUUCUGGAGACAACAUCAAACGAUUUGCCAAUCCGACCCCUCUAGGUUUCGUUGGCUUCGUCAUCUCGACCAUGACCUUUGCAAUGGUCAUGAUGGGCUGGGGUGGUGCCGAAGGCCUUUCGCCAGUCGUCGGAAUCUUUUUCUUCGUUGGUCCUGUCCUUCUCGUCUUGACCGUCAUCUUCGAAUGGAUCAUGGGCAAUUUCUUCUCUAUGAUGGUGUGCGGCCUCUUCGCCGUCUUCUGGCUGAGCUUUGGGAUGUUACAACUGCCCACUCUGGGCCUUGCAGCGCCAUACUCGAGCUCCGGAACCAAUGCUGUCACGGGAGCUGUGAGCAAAGAGUAUAACGCUGUCAUCGCGUUAUAUCUGAUUGUCUGGGGUUUUGCGCUCUUUACAUAUUUCAUCUUCACGCUCAAGACCAAUGUUGUCUUUGCUGCCAUCUUUUUGUUCGUCAGCAUUGCCGCCUGGGUCCUCAGCGGAGCAUACUGGAAAGUGAGCAAGGGCGACUAUGAUAACGCGCAUACAUUGCAAGUUACAGGUGGCGCGCUCUUGUUCAUUGUCGGCUGUUUAGGAUGGUACAUGUGUUUUGUGAUGAUGGCGGCGGAGAUGAGGAUGGCUAUCACUCUUCCGGUGGGAGACCUGAGCCAUUUCUGGCCAAGGACAGAUGUCGAGAUGGGCAAAGCCGAGAAGGAAGCUUGA